AUGGUCAUCAAACAUACCCGCAACAUCCUUCACCUUGCCAUCACCGAGAACACAGCCUUGCGUGUAGUCUUGUACGUUGCAAAGGAUAAAAUAGAUUGGUAUAACGAAAAUGGAUUGCAUGAUCAAGUCCUCAAAGAGCUGUAUCCUGUCAUUUUGAACUACAUCGUAGCAGAGCAGAGUUCGCCUGCGAAUAAAAAACAAAAAGACGCAGAAGCAAACCGUGUCAUUUACAUGGAUGGCUAUCGUAUUUUAUACAGAUUUACAGCACGAAAUACGCAGCAAACGUUAAUUAAAUCAGAAAAUUCUUUCAUAUUUGCAGAGCAAGAAGACAUGGACGACCAGGCAGAAAUUGAAGAGGAUCAGAAACCCACAGUGCACACUUCAUACAAGGGAUUAUCCAUCUAUCCAUCUCAACUGUUAAUCUCAGUGGACGAUGAGCUGUUGAUUGGCAACAAUACAUUGGAUUCCUAUUUUACCACACUUUGA